ACUUCAUUCUAAGUUACAUUUUACUUUUUCAAGAUUUAAAGCCUUGUCAAAAUUACUUAAUUAAAUUCUUGUGUAGAAAGAAUGACGAAGAGCAUCGCCAAAGGAAGCGUUUGUGUAACAGGAGCGGGAGGGUAUGUAGCUUCUUGGCUCAUAAAACUCCUCCUUUCCAAUGGUUACACCGUACAUGGAACCGUUAGAGACCCUCCUCAGGAUGAGAAAUAUUUGCAUCUAAGGAAUCUUGAGAAUGCAGAGGAGAAAUUGAAACUAUUCAAAGCACAUCUGUUUGAUUAUGACUCCAUGGUUGCAGCCAUUAGUGGCUGCAAAGGAGUUUUUCAUGUUGCCAGCCCUGUUCCAUCCGGCUCUGUUCAAAACCCUGAGGUAGAACUAGUUGAAACAGCAGUAAAAGGAACACAAAAUGUAUUGAUGGCCGCACUCGAAGCAAAUGUUAAUCGUGUCGUGUUUGUAUCAUCCGUUGCUGCUGUCCAGGUGAACCCUGCUAUGUCCAAGGAUCAAUUAGUUGAUGAAACUUGCUGGUCUGACAAAGAUUUCUGUCGAAACACCAAUAACUGGUACUGUCUAUCGAAAACUGAAGCCGAAAUGAAGGCUAUGGAAUUCGCAAAAAGAAGCAAAGGACUUGAUCUUGUAACUCUCUGCCCUGGCCUUGUUUUUGGGCCAAAACUGCAGCCUUCUAUAAAUAACAGCAGUUGGUUUCUCAUCAAUUUCAUCAAAGGAAUGAUGCAAGAAGAAACGGAUAACUUGUUCCGAAUGAUAGUAGAUGUGCGCGAUGUUGCUCGAGCUCUAUUACUUGUUUAUGAGAAACCGGAAUCUGAAGGAAGGUACAUUUGUUCUGCUCAUUCAAUCCGACCAAAGGGUCUGGCCGAGAUGCUCAAAAAGAUUUACCCAUCUGCUAAAUAUUUCAACAACUUCAACGAAGAGAAUCGUGAUCAAAGGAAGAUAAGUUCAGACAAGUUGCAGAAGCUGGGAUGGACUUUCAUGCCUUUGGAACAAACACUUGCUGAUUCUGUGGAGAAUUACAAACGAGCUGGACUUCUUGAUUAAGGAAGAAUUGCAGACAAGUUACAAUGAUAAUGUUUUUUUAAAUAAUA